CCCGCUCACUUUUUCACCGAUGCUGUAACGAGACGGUCGCGGUUUUUGUGUUCCGAUUUUUCGUCGCGAAAGUUUUUCUUUCUGCUCCAAUCUCGGACUGUUCAUUAGUGGUGACCGAUUGGAAAAACGGUUCCGCGAGUGUGUGUUUUCCUCCGACGCCUAAAUCGGAGAUAUUUCCAGUUCAACUCGCAUCGGAUUCAAGUUGCGGACGUGAAAGAACACUUCACGAUGAAAAUCUGGACCUCCGAGCAUGUAUUUAACCACCCAUGGGAAACUGUGGCGCAGGCAGCUUGGCGCAAAUACCCCAACCCAAUCAACACAGCAGUUAUCGGAACCGACGUGGUCGAACGUCGGGUUGUGGAUGGCAUCCUGCACACCCACCGGUUAGUCAGCACCAAAUGGUACUUCCCGCACUGGGCUCAAAAGCUUAUUGGUUCUCCCAAUGUAUGCUAUGCCAGUGAAAAAUCCACCGUCGAUCCGGGGAAACGACAAAUGACACUGAAGACGAUCAAUCUCACCUUCGGCAGUUUUCUUUCGGUGUACGAAACGCUCAGUUACGUUCCACAUCCGACAGAUCCGGGCAAAACGCUGCUCCGACAGGAGGCCACCGUGCAGGUCGAGGGCGUUCCGCUGAACCGGUACAUGGAGGAUGUACUGACGAAAAAUAUCAGUACCAACGCAGGCAAGGGCCGACAGGGUCUCGAAUGGGUGAUAGGAAAAUUAAACUCAGAGGUGAAAGAAUUUGCCACCUCGGCAGCUACCAGUACGAACGAGAUCCUCACCCAAACGAAGAAAUCGCUGGACGACAUCACCGACCAGGCACGGAAGAGUAUGGAUGAGCUUAGUGCGACAGCGCAGAAGAUUCACAUAUAGUAACAAGCGCUGCACGACUUCGCCCACUACUGCUAGCACUGCUGGGACAGCCGCUGCAUCGCCGCUGUCCUCCCCAUCUCCAUCAGCAGCAACGGCGACUACGGCGGCUGGCUCCGCUAAAAGCAGUUCCGCCGGUGGAGGAAACUCGCCCUACCACUCGGCUGCUUCCCGAUCGACCGAUACUAGUAUCAACAGUAACACCAGUUCACGAUCUAAAGCUACCACAGUUAAGCAAUUCAUCUCGGCGACGUCUACUGACAACAGCACAGCAACGCCAUCCUCAACAUCGUCAUCAUCAUCACCAUCAACUACUAGAGCCAGUACAAUCCCGCCAACCGCUCCGACGUCCUGAUUGUAAGCUAAUUCAAUAAUGAUUAGUUCAUUUUCCUUUGCAAAUCCUCGCGUUAUGUGAUUUUGUCAAAUUUCGGUCCUCCAACUUUCCCUUUCAACUUUCGAUCCUCAAGUGCCGGUAGCAGUUGUUUUGCUUUCCAACACGCCACCCACCAACACUCCCCAAGCAACCCUAGCAUUGUGUUCCUAUUUAUUACACUACGAUUUAAUAAUUUAAAAUCUAUUGUACAAACGAUUAUAAUAAUACAAUUGCUUUAAACUUUAUCUCUCACUGCAGCUUCAAGCUUUGAUGAAGUUGUUUCCACCCCCCUCUUUCAGACACAGUCCUUGUAAUCUUUAGCUGAUAUAGAAUAACGAAAGCCCGCGAAUUGUCUCUCAGUGACGAAUGUAGCAGAAUGAUUAUAUAUUGAUUUAAGUAGGAUAUCCGUAAUUGCAAAGAAAUCAGUUAAAAGCUUCUCCCCCCCGCAAAACAAAACAAAGAAAAGUGAUACCAAUUUUAGUGACUAAAGAGUGCUAGGGGUAUUUAAACGCAGUGAUAAUCUAAUAAAUUGUGUAAAUAGGCCUCUACUAAUUUAACGGUCGAACUAAGUUGACGUGACAAUGUAGCAUUAAAAAUAACACGCUGUUAGUAUUAUGGUGAAAAAUUUGAAGUAAAGAAAAAACAGGUUUCUUUCCAGUUUAUAUGCUGUUCUGGUAUCUGGUCAAUCCGCAUAAACAAAUAGCGCAAAAUAUCUUUCGAAUGAAAAACGUAAAUAUCUAGUAUGACACAUUCCUGUCGGUGAGGAACUUGCACCAUCAUCAUGCGACGAGGACGAAUUACUGUAGUGAAAGAGGUAUUGUUUUUUUUCGGUUCGGUUUGGUUCAAUUACCGCUAUUUAGGACUUUUUGGAUAUUCAUACGUACUUUUGGCAGGUGAGAAAGGAAUGAAUGCGUGAGGUGAACCAAUAUGAUUGAAUAACGGAUUAGCAACUUUGCAGUAGAGUAUUGAUACCUAUCAUCACCAUUAUAAAUACAUGAUACAAAAUAACUAUUGCAUAGACAUUUUUCAAAUCGGUUACAUAUGAAUUGUUGUCAACGUUUCAGAAGAUGAGAGUUUAAUUAAAUGCAGCCGUGAUAGCUAAAGUUUCAGAUAUACAGAGAAA